UAUGCUGACACUGCCUGCCGAAUGGAAUGUGGCCGGAGCGGGGUUUUAGUGUCAGCUAGAAACAAAAAACAAACAAGAGCAGUGUUGUUUUGGGAAAGCAAAAGUUUCCUUGGAAUGGACCAAGUCCCCGGUUGGGACUCGACCUUUGGACGAAGUCCCAAUAAAGCCUCUGGAGAAUGGGUGACGCGCGUACAUUUGUUGUGGGUCUGCUUAUCGGAUCACAAGUCAUACACUACGAUCAUGGCGUUCAAUCGAUGGGGAAUCAUACUGCUGCACUGUGCUGUCACCAUCUUCCUCUUGGGCGAAUUCGUGGUGGCUCGGACAAUUGUCGAGACGGAUCGAUCGAUGUUCCAUCGCUCGUUGGAUGGUCUUCAACUGCACGGCAAUCAGUUCGUACGGGGUGUACCGUGUGAGGCCGCCUGUGAACAUUGUGGCUGUAAAGGAAUAUAUCUGGGCGAAAAGUGUAUCUGUUCCUGCGCCAACGACGACAAGGAGACAACAAAUUGUCUGUCUGCAAUACGGAAAAAUGAGCUGAAAGCUGGAAUUGACAACGACAUUCUGAUACUGACGCGUACCGGAGGCCGAUUUGCACGUGACAUACGGAAAGUGGCAGCACUGAGGGCUCGUAUGGGUCGUGGAGCAUCUGCAGCGUGGAACACGAAGCGAAAUGAGUUUCGGCCGCGGAUUGGAAAAGAAAGCAAAUUAAAUAAAUAUAAUCAGUGAUAUGUUAAAUGUUUUUUUGUUAAU